AUGCCCCGCCGUGCAGGGAACGGGCGAGGAGGGGCGGGUGCGCGGGGCCGCGGCGGCAGCCGUGCGCCUGCGCGGCCGCCGAAGCGUGCUGCUUCGCACAAAGAGCCUGCUAGUGCAAAGCGCGCGCGCGCCGAGGUCGAGCAGGACUCGGACGAGCUCCAGGAAUAUGCACAGGACGCCCAGGAUAUGGCCGGCAGCGACGACGAGGACGACGUGCAGGCGCUGCAGUUCCUCUCGCGUGCGCGCCUCCCGGAUGUUUCGAGUGCAGGUGCACAAGGAAAAGAGCGCGCACGCCUCGCAGAGGAAAAAAAGAAGCAGCGCAAGGCGCUGCAGGCGCUGCAGCCCGAGGCAGACACCGAAGGCCUCAGCGACGUGAGCACAGACAUGGAAGGCGCGAGCGAUUCGGAGCUCGAGGAGAUGGACGACAGCGACGUGGACAAUGCGAGCGACCUCGAAGAGGCCUACCUGCAACAAGCCGCCAAGCGCGACAAGCGCCAAGAAAAGGUGAUGGAGCGCCAGCGCGAGGCGCUCGCGAACCGCCGCCUGCCGGUCCGCGCAGAGGACGGCGAGAUUGAGGAGGUCGACGAGGACGAGUCGGAGCCCGAGGCGAGCCGCGUCGUGUUCCGCGACUCGGACGAGAGCGAAGAGGAGGUCGAGCGCCCGAGUGCGCCGCAGACGUCCGCAGUGCACUCGACGCGGUUCGGACUGCGUGCGCCGUACGACAUCAUCUCCGACGCGCAGUCGCGCAACCCCAGCACGCUCGCGGCGGCGCUCGCGAUGGCGCGCGAGCAGAUUGCGAACCUCGCCUCGCAGAUUAUCGGCGAUCCCGAGCUUGGUCUGCACUGGCUGCGGCGCCUCCUCGUCUUUGCCAACACGCGCGCCGAGGCGCCGCCGGGCGAGCAAGGCAAGCCGAUGGUUCCGGUGCACGUGUAUAUCCGGCAGCUCGCGCUCCUCUCCCUGCUGGCCGUCUUUGUGGAUAUCCUGCCCGGCUACCGCAUCCGUGCCUUGUCCGAGCAAGAAGAGAAGGAAAAGGUGAGCCAGGACGUCGCGCGGCGGCGCGAGUGGGAGCAGGGCAUCGUGCGCGUCUACCGCGAGUACCUCGAGCUGUGCGAGGCCGAGAUCCGGAGCGCGACGCCCCUCGCCCCGGUGGCCUUGCGCGGGUUCUGCACGCUGCUGACGCGCGCGUCGCACUUUAACUACCGCAAGAACCUGCUUGCGGUGGUCGUUGCGCAGCUGUCCAAAAAGGGCUGGACGGAGGCCUCGGAGCAGUGCUACAAUGCGAUCGUCGAGCUGCUGCGCCACGACCCCGACGGCGAAGUGUCGCUCGAGGCCGUGAUGCUCCUCUACCGCAUGGUGCGUGAGCGGAAGCUCGCGGUGCACGCCAACGUGCUCGAUCUCUUUGCGCACCUGCGCCUGCGCGACGAGCUCAAGUCGCACCGCACCGGUCCGAUGGGCUCGGCGAGCGUCGCCAAGCCCAAGCCCAAGAAGCGCCCGACGUCCGCGGCAGAGAGCCGCCGGGCGGACCCCAAGGCGGUGCGCAAAGGCCUCGCGGCGCAUGUCAGCAAAAAGCAGGCGAAGCGCAACAAGGAGCUGCGCGAAAUCGAGGACGAGAUGCGCGAGGCCGAGGCGGCGGUCGACGUCGAGGAGCGCGCGCGCAACCAAUCCGAGACCCUCAAGCUGGUCUUUGCGCUCUAUUUCCGUAUCCUCAAGACACCCGAUAUCCCCCAGCAGCUGCUGGCCGCUGCGCUCGAAGGCAUUGUGCUCUACGCGCACCACGUCUCGCUCGACUUUUUCCGUGACCUGAUCAAGGUGCUCCGCACCGAACUGCUCGAGGCGAUGGCGGACGUCGACCGCGCGAACGAGGUCGACUCGGACGACCUGCGUGCGGCGCCGCGGCACGUCGGCAUGCGCGCGGCGCUCUUUAUGAUUGUGACUGCGUUGGAACUGCUGCGUGGCCAAGGCGACGCGCUCGAGAUCGAUAUUGCGGACUUCUACGUGGCGCUGUAUCAGCUGCUGCUCCCGUUGAGCCUCAGCACGUGUUUCGAGGAGGAGGCGGUGCUCCCGCCCUCGCCCCAGGCCCCGUCGAACCGCGGCCGGACGCCGGGCCUGCGCCGCUGGAGCGAGUCUGCGCUGCUCUUCCACGCGCUCGAGAUCGGCUUCGUCAAGGUCUCGCGGCAGAGCGUGUACAUGACGAUCGACCGCACGGCGGCGAUCCUCAAGCGCCUGCUCACGGCCGCGCUGCAGUGGCCGACCGGCGGUGCGCUGCGCGCGCUGCAGAUCGCCCACACCAUCCUCGCCCGGACGGCGAUUGUGGAUUCGCGUUUCGAGGCCUUGAUCGACAACCGCGAGUCGGUGCGCGACGGGCAGCACGAUGCAUACGCAAGCAUCCCCGAAGGCGCGCGGGUCCUGCCCAGCGGCGAAGCGGCGUACGAGCUGUUUUUGCUGAGCCAGGCGCACGCCAACUCGCAAGUGCGCGAAUCGGCAGCGGGCAUUUUGGCGUGGACGCGGUAG